AUGAGCAACGAGACCAUUUCCGACUUUCUUGCCGAGCAGCGCGAUGAAGCUCCCGAGGAACUCCAGCCUCUCAUUCUCGACUUUGAGAACUUCUGGGAGCGCAAGCUUUGGCACCAGCUCACUGACGCCCUCGUCGAGUUCUUCAGCCACCCUGAGAGCGCCCCUCAACGACUACCAUUCUACAGAGUCUUUAUUCUCAAGUUUGCCGACAAGAUCAACCAGUUGAAGCUUGUGGACCUAGCAUUGAAAGCAGCAACAGAGUGUGAAGAAGACGAGCAGCGCCUUUCUUUCCUGCAAUCAGUCGCCAAGAAGGUUAAUAACGAGAACUCCCAGGAUGCUUAUGUCUAUGCUUUGGUUGCUGUCGCCCAAGCAAAGCUGGACUUGGAGGAGCUAGAUGCUGCGCGAAAGGACCUGGAUACGGCCGAGCGGAUAUUGGAUUCUUUCGACUCUGUAGAGAAUGUGGUCCAUGCUGCUUUCUAUGAUGCAAAUGCCAUCUACUACCAGCGUAAGAUGGACUUCUCUAACUACUACCGCACUGCUCUCCUCUACCUUGCCUGCAUUGACCUUAACGCAAUGACACCUGAGGAGCGACACAAAAGAGCCUACCACCUCAGCAUUGCUGCCCUUGUUUCAACAAGCAUCUACAACUUCGGAGAGCUCCUGCUCCACCCCAUCCUUGACGUCCUCGCCAAGAGCGAGCAUGCUUGGAUGCGUGAUCUGCUAUUUGCCUUUAACCGUGGAGAUCUUGACGCUUAUGACCAGCUUUCUGAUCGCGUUGAGUCCAACAAGCUUCUUAAGAACAACGCCACGCAUCUUCGACAAAAGAUCUACCUUUCCGCAUUGACUGAGGCUGUCUUCCGCCGUCCUCCCCACGACCGCACCCUCACCUUUGCCACUAUCGCUCAGGAGACCAAGGUUCGACCCGAAGAGAUCGAGCAUCUCAUCAUGAAGGCUCUCAGCCUAGGUCUGUUGCGCGGAACUAUUGACCAAGUGGACGGCGUUGCUCAAAUUACCUGGGUUCAGCCCAAGGUGCUCGACAUGAAGCAAAUCGCCGCGAUGCGCCAGCGACUGCUUGACUGGGACUCAAGCGUCAACCAACUCGGCAACUGGAUCGAGUCGGCUGGCAAGGAUGUGUGGGCUGCGUAG